UUGCCCUUUAUAUUCUCUGAAAAAUCUGCUAAUUUUGCCGAAAUCAACAUUUUUAUUGAUAAAUCUUUUUAGUGCGUCUUUCGCUACGGUCGAGUAGGCGGUUGCAUAACAAAUCAUUAUGAAUGACAUAACGAAAUCCCUCAGGACAAAAACAUUACGUAAGAUGGUUCAACUGACAAGAGCGUUAUUGUUCAUAAAUCUGCUGAGAAGAUCAAGCUUUUGUGUUAUGGGAGAAAAUUUAUCUACUGGACAAGGAAUCACAACAACUAGUGACGCAGAUAUGCAUGCAGUUAAUGGAAACCCCCUCAAGGCUCCGUUCCCUGACAAUACACGGAUGGCCAUGUUUGGCAUGGGAUGUUUCUGGGGAGCAGAGAAAAAAUUCUGGCAAUUAGAAGGAGUCUAUUCAACACAAGUUGGAUAUUCAGCGGGACACACCAAGAAUCCGACAUAUAGAGAAGUCUGUUCAAGCAUGACUGGACACAACGAAGUCGUCAGAGUGGUUUACGAGCCAGAGAAAAUUUCUUAUGGGGGUUUAUUGAAGACCUUCUGGGAGAGCCACAACCCAACUCAAGGUGACAGGCAAGGUAAUGACAGAGGGUCUCAAUACCGAUCAGGCAUUUACUAUUAUGAUGAAACACAGAGACAAGAAGCUGAAGAGUCAAGAAAGGCUUAUCAAGCGGAGCUUGAUAAGACAAGAUAUGGAAAGAUAACAACAGAGAUCAAACCAGCGGCGGAAUUUUAUUACGCGGAGGAAUAUCACCAACAAUAUCUCCAUAAAAAUCCAGGGGGUUACUGCGGACUUGGGGGCACUGGGGUUUCAUGCCCGAUUGGGCUCAAGAAGAAAAAUGUCCCCCAUUCAGAAUUGUAAACUGAUGAGAGAAGAAAUAGAUCAAAAGGCACUUUGUAUAUACUUGUUUUUAAUAGCAAUACGCAGAAACAAUGGUGCUCCCAUAGUGUGUGUACCAGGUUAGGGUUAUGCCAUGAUUUUGUUCCAAUUUUCCUCAUUUUAGUUCUAUUACAAGUUAAGGGAAUGUUUGUGUUAGCCACAUGAAUAUCCCCCCUGCCUAUAGGUUUCGGUUCCUUUACACGAUUUGAUGUGAAAUAGGCGAACAAAAUUAGUUACCUCCAUAUUGGUACACAUAAUUGUGGGGCAGUUAUACUAUUCUAAAUUACUUGAAUCUAACACAGAACACUGAUUUUAAAUAUAUUUUUAUUAUCUACAGUAAUUCCAGUGUUCUGUAACCAUCACUGAAAAAACUAAACUCAAUUUCACAGCACUGUAUUAAACAAAUUUUUCGCUAUAAUUUUUAUAGCCUCUUGGUACUGGCACUUUAGUGAUUGCCCCUAGCUGUUUUCUGGUCAAAUUGACACAAGUCUCAUGCGAAUUCGUAUUUACUUAGCAGGGGUGUGCAAUCACGCAAA